AUGCUCUUACAGGUGCUCGUGCCAUGUCUGGCGCUGCUGAAGCUAAGCGCCGCCGGCUACGUAACAGUUCCGCUACACAGCCCGGCCGGUGUGACGUAUGUGAACCCGCAGCAGCACGUUGGAUUACUGGCCGGUCCGGUACGAUACACGUCUGGCACACAGGCAGCUACCACCCUCGUUGAGGCACGGUCGGGAGCAGUUUCGGUGACACCGGGGCCAGUACCUACCUACUACUCCUACAACGUACAACCUCAGCCCGUGUUCGGGAAGGCCAGCUACACACCGGCCGUCCAGUACCACACCACGUACGGAAGUCCUACGGUGCGUGUGUUUGAGCCGAAAUCUUUUGUUUAUGGUGUGCAGGGUGCCAGCAUUCCUACGACGCACACUGUACAGUCGGUUCCAGUUUCGGUAUCAACCACGCAGUACCAUCACACAUCGGCACCUGUUCCCGUACCAGUGACUCCGGUUCCACAUCACCAUGCAGUAGCUGUGCCCGUGCCGACACCUGUCCCAGUGCAUGUGCCCGUCCACGUACCGGUCCCAGUGCCGGUAACGCCAACGUACACCAAAACCGUCACCACCGGACCAAGCUACAUUCCGCCACAGGAAAAGCAAAUUCCCGUGGUGCGAUCGCGCAAGUUCAAGGUGCGUCGUCCUGCGAUUCAGAACCAGUUCUACGAUAUCGAGGAACGUGUCAUUAUCCGGCCAGUUGGUUCAGCACUGGUUGAGCUGGAGCAACCCGUAUCGCAGACGGAAACACAGACCAAGACUACCAAAACAACGACCACGUUCGUUGAGAAGCGUCCAGUGUACAGUCCACCAGCUCCGGCACAUGAAGUUCACAUCUCAGAAGACGGAGGCUACGGCACACGUACCAUCGGCACAACGUUCGUCGAAAAGCGUCCAGUGUACAGUACACCAGCACCUGAAGUGCAUAUCUCGGAAGAAGGAAGCUAUGGCACACGUACCGUUGGCAGGCCUCAGGUCGUCACACAAACCACCACGGUGUACACGGAAAGACCGCCGCUGAAGGGUGGCUAUGAUCGGAUCGAGGAAGCUACACAGUCCAAGAAGUUGGCUGCCUCUACUAGCAAGGCAUCGGAUGCUGAGUUUAUCAACACGGAUCAAGUAAACACCCAGCCCAACCAGCAGAGACCGUUCUUCACGCAGGGACAUGCCAUCUACCAUGGACAUCAGCAAACGGCGUUUGUUAAUCCCUACGCAACGCACCUAGCGCCACAUCCCUACGUGUAUCAUCCUGCCAAUGCUGGACAUCUGCUGCACCAUGUAGCUUACGUUGAUCAGCACUCUCCUGCUCUGUUAGCAACUCAUCCUACCUCAGCCCAUCCAGGCACGUUGUUCCACGUACCUUCGUCAACUCCACUCUACCCCGUUACACCUGCCGUUGGCGGAGAUUGCGAUCAUGGUGGCAGCGCUCCCGAAUAUCUUCCUCCCUCUGUUCAGAUACCGUCUUCCACCACACCAGCACAACCACCCGUAGCUACUACGACACCAAAGCCUCCCACUAGCGUGACUCCUGGAUCGUAUCCAGCUGACGAUUUGGUAGAUGAUGAGUACGAUGAUUCGAUCGUGAUCGAUGCCCGUAGCGGUGCCAACAACUACUCGGACUACUCAUCCACGGAUUCGGAUUAUGCAGACGUUACGGUAACGGCAGCUACCACCACCGACCAAACUCCAAUCGUCUACCAUCACGACAAGUACCGUGGUGCGGAGCAGACGCAAACGCGACUCGGAGGAUCAUCGUCGAUCGAGGUAAGCUAUGCCACACGUACCACUCCAGCCAGUGACAUCGUUGCGUUCGAUCCGUCCACCGCUUCGGGUGCGUUUGAUUUUGGUCCAUCCUACCGUGGCUCGUUCCCCACCACUACCUUCGCACCAAGUCCUACCACCAUCCAACCAUCCACAACGAUCGGUUCCUCCAGCUCAACGUCCAGCAGCACUCCUCAGCGUUCCGUAACGGUCAUUUCCUCUACCACGCCACGCACUGUUUCAGCACGGUUCAGUGAAACGGAUGCCUCCUCCUCCCGCAGUACAUCCGAACAGUCGGAAUAUUCGGCUCGUACUAGUGUCAGCUCUGGUCUUACCUCGCAAUCGGUCGUGGUUGGACAGGGUUUGACGCAGCAACAAAUUCACGCCAAUCAGGAACAAUUUAUUAAGCUGCUUUCCGAACGGGAUUCGAUCGCGGAAGUUGGUUUCGGACCAAAAGGAGACACCUCGGGUACGUUGAUCGAUGCGUACGUUCGUAGUCGUGUUCUGUCCGCUACACCUGCACCGCGGGAUGCAAAGGAAACGUCGCGUACGGUCAACAUCCGGCGCAUAGUUGUGUCACGUCCGGUGGAAACGGAACAGGAGGUUGAAGUGCGAGAGCAGUCAUAUGCGACCACUAUCUCACCACCAUCGUACGAACACAAGCGUGAUGUUAGCGAAGUUACCCCAACCGAGAGUGUUGAACGUCAGCAGCCACCGGUAUACAUUAAUGCGAAGCCCCCAGCAUUCGCCAAUGAUCGAGAUCAGUAG